AUGACAGAUUUUGGGCUAAUGAAAUAUUUUCUUGGUCUUGAGGUUAGACAGGGAAAAUCUGGAAUAUUUGUGUCCCAAGAGGCAUAUGCAAAAGACAUUCUGAAAAAGAAUAAGAUGGAAGAAUGCAACCCAGUAGCAACACCAAUGGAACUCGGAACAAAACUCUUUAGAUUUAAGGGAGGAGAUUGUACGGAUGCCAUCAAAUAUCGAAGUUUAGUCGGAAGUCUACGAUAUCUCACAUGCACAAGGCCUGACAUUGCGUAUAGUGUCGGCAUAGUAAGCCGAUUCAUGGAGGAACCGAACUACACGCAUUUGAAGGCUAUUAAAAGAAUUCUUCGAUACAUCCGAGGAACGUCGUCACUCGGGUUACUAUACUCCGAGACAAAGGAAUACAAGCUGAUCGGUUAUUCCGAUAGUGAUUGGUGUGGAGAUAUAGAUGAUCGAAAAAGUACAUCGGGAUAUGUGUUUUAUAUGGGAGACACAACUUUUACAUGGAUCUCAAAGAAGCAACCAAUAGUGACAUUGUCAACAUGUGAGGCAGAGUAUGUGGCAGCAUCCUGCAACACGAAGCAACUGAAAUACGAGUCGACAACAAAUCAGCAAUUGAGUUGGCAAGAAAUCCGGUGCACCAUGAGAGGAGCAAGCAUAUCGAUGUUCGUUUCCAUUUUAUACGGGAACAUGUGA